GUGGUGACAAAUGAAAAGUGGGUUCAUGUGACAAUAACCUACAAUACCACAAAAGAAUAUCAAGAACUGAAAGUGAAAGUUGCUGGUGAGGAUCAGCCAUUUCUUCAGUAUAAAGACAAAGAACCUCUGUCUCCAGAGUUUCUAAAUGUUCGGAGUGGACAAGAAACACGUGCUUACUUUCGAAUCCAGAAUUAUACUUAUGGAUUGGUGAAGAAAAAUCUGACAAGUCCUUGGUUUCAACCACGCUCUUCGCAGCUCUGUGUGAGUCUUCAGUAUUACACUAAUGCAGUGAGUGGAUCCACAGCUGCAAAGCUUUACAUAGAGAAUGCAAGCAAUAACAUACAGCUUGUGAAAAAUUUGAAACCCAGUAAGGAUACCUGGCACGAGGAACGAAUUAUUCAUAAUCUAACUGACCCAUGGAAGAAUUGGAUGAAGCUCACUAUUUCUGACAUUCAGAGUGAAGUUUUUGCCAUGGGAAGUGUCCGAGAAUGUAAUCCAUUAGGUGAAGUUCAUGUAUCUACAGUGACAAUUUCCCCUGGAACAGAUUUAUCCUGUCACCCACUGAAGUACCCAAGCUCGGUACUCACUCUUACAGAGCCAGAUCAAUAUUUCACGGGUUGUGGACUUAACUGCACACCAAGCUGUGAUAGGUUGCCAGUUCCUGAACUCGAACCCUGUGGUAGUGGCAUUGUUUUGUGUCAACCAACACGUCAAAUCACCACCUGCUUCUGUAAUCCUGGAUACAAGGGUCCAAAAUGUGGAAAAUCUUGUCCAGAUGGUACAUUUGGGGUGAACUGUAAGGAACAAUGUGGAAAUUGUUCAAAAAAUACUUCCUGUGACAAAAUUAGAGGUAUAUGUUCAGAUGGCUGUGAGAGGAGAUUUAGGCCUCCACUAUGCAAGAUGAAAUAUCCAGUAUUCGAUGAAGCACCACGUUUCAUCUCACACACUCUAACUUCAAUAACUAUUUCAGUAGACAUCAGUUUUUCUGGAGACAUUAACCCUACUGAGUAUCGUCUACAAUAUGUGAAGGCUGAAAGUGCUAAUCAAGAAGGAGGUUGGAUUACAUUUGGUACAUUUGCAUACAGUGACAAAGUAAAAAAGCAUGAAAUACCUGAAUUAGAAGUUGGAUCAGGCUAUGUAGUAAGAGUUGUUCUGAUUGAUGAGACAGGAACAGGUUAUAAUGGCACUGAUAUACCACAUGCUGUGUACAAAACAUCUUGUAUCCAUCCUGAUAAAGUGGAUGUACAACCUCUUAAUUAUGGCUUCCAAAUAAGUUGGCAGAAAUCUGCUCAUCACUGCCGUUCAGGUUCAUAUGUUGUAGAUGUCAAAGAAAAAGGAAGUAAGACCUCUGACUCUCAAAAUAUGUCACAGUUUCCUUUUAAGAAGAAGGACCUGAAACCAUUUACAUUCUAUAGAUGGACACUGCGGUAUGGAAAAACGUUAAUUCUUACAGGCAACAUAACAACCCCUGAAAGUGCUCCCUCUGCAGUCUUAUCACUUGCUGCAAUGCCACUAAAUUCAACUGCAUUGAGUGUAUCUUGGGAUGCUCCAAGUAAACCUAAUGGAAUCAUCAAACAUUAUAAUAUCAGCUACAGGCAUAACACAUAUAAGUCCUGCAAAGGUGGAUACAAGUCAAACAAUGCAUCAAAGGGACAAGUUGAAACAAAGGAAACUUUUGUUGUAUUAAAUAACUUGUUGGCCUACUCUGAAUACUCUGUUGGGGUUGCAGCGUAUACUGUUGCAUAUGGCAAAAAUGCAAGUAUAACCGAGGAUACACUGGAAUUGGAUAUUCCACAAGUUCGUCCAGAACCAGGCAAACGCUCAGUAGAGACAAAUAAAGAAUAUGUUGAGUUUUACUGGUCUCCACCAAAAGAUUGUACAGCUAUAAAAGGUUCAAUUAAAGGCUAUGAUGUAACACUGAUUGGUUUAAGUCCAUGGGCCAGAACAACUCAGAUAAUGCCAGUAGUGCAACAAAAGGAACAAGAACAAUUCGCUAGGUUUGAAAAAUUAAUUCCAUACACACAGUACCUUGCCAGUGUGUUUGUUAGGAGUCCAAAGAAUUUAACAAAUCCAGCACUUCCAUACAGUGUUAACUUCACAACAUUACCAGAUGGUAAGUGACAGAGUCUGAAGCAAAGAAUGGUUAGUAAUACUGUUAGGAUAUUUAUAUACUUCAUGAUCCAUUAACCUGCUUUUGAAGCUUGUUAUCACACCUUACAGCCAGGAAAGGAAUAAAUCAAUUACAUGUCUAAUGUAAAAUAAUUGACAAUAUUUUGAAUUGACUAC